CCUUGCCUGCCCCCUCUCGCAGUCGCUCGCCAGCGGCUGCUAAAAUCACCACCAGCCCGCCCCGGCCACCGAAAGCAACCACACCCCACCACGGAUUAAACAAAGCGCGCACCCAAUCAACGCAGCGGCGCCCUCGCACCUCGCAACCGUAUCUCCCCUCGCUUAAAAGCUCGCGCGAGCCGUAUUGGUGGAGAAAAGAGGAGUGGGGAGCCCGAUCCAAUCCCAUCCAGCCGAGUCCCCUCGCCGCCGCCGCCGCCGCCCUCUGAAACCCUAGCGUGUACGGGGAUGAAGAUCCAGUGCAACGCGUGCGGGGCCGCGGAGGCGCGGGUGCUGUGCUGCGCGGACGAGGCGGCGCUCUGCGCGGCCUGCGACGAGGAGGUGCACGCCGCCAACAAGCUCGCGGGGAAGCACCAGCGGGUGCCGCUGCUCUCGGACGCCGACGCCGUGGCGACGGCGACGCCCGCCGUGCCCAAGUGCGACAUCUGCCAGGAGGCUUCUGGAUACUUCUUCUGCCUAGAAGACCGUGCACUACUUUGUAGAGAUUGUGAUGUUGCUAUACACACGGUAAAUUCAUUUGUUUCGGUGCAUCAGAGAUUCCUGCUAACUGGAGUUCAGGUGGGCCUUGAUCCUGCUGAUCCAGUUCCACCCAUUGCUGAAAACCAUGUUAAUGCCGUUGGUGGCUUGGUAUAUCAACCAGCAAAACAUCUGCCAAGGAGAAACCCAACAGUUCAAUUUUCAGGUGAAGGCACUGCUUCUGUUCCCUGCAAAAGUUUAAUAAAUGGAGACUAUUCAAGACAGAAUUCUGUUCCAACAGUCAGGACGGAAGUGGUUGAUUGGACAAUGCACAAUGGUGCAAUUCAAUCCGUAGAAUCUCCGCCUAAGUACAUGUCAGAGGAAAGUCCAACACUUCAGCAAUCUAGCCAGGCCACAGUGGCCUUUUCCAGUCAAAUUAACAGCGAUAGUGAUCGGGCCUACAACUUGCCAUUCUCAGGUGGUAAUGGGACAGACAGCCUACCAGAUUGGCCUGUGGAUGAGUUCUUCACUAACUCAGAAUAUGGCCCAAACUUCAGUUUUGCGGAGCAUGGUUCUUCUAAGAGUGACAAUGCUAAGCUGGGGAGUGCUGGGGGAUCUCCACAAUGCCGUUUAGCCGAAGGCUUCGUUGCUGAGGAACUAUUAGGCCAGGUGCCUGGAUUGGUCACCGAUGAAUAUAUGAGCCGAGUACCUGAGAAUUCAUGGGCAGUCCCUGAGGUUCCCUCACCCCCAACAGCAUCGGGGCUCAAUUGGCAUGGGAAUUUGCAUUUCACUGCAUAUGACAGCACCAUGUUUGUUCCUGAAAUCUCCUUCCUACAGAGCUCUCAAAAUCAAUUCGCUGUCCCUUCCGGUUUCAAGCGUCGGAGGAGACGGUAUUGAGCGACAACAAGAGCACUAGACACCAGUGUCUAUUUUAGACAAUCUUGAGAAAGGCCUUUGCUGGGCCAAACGACGAGAAAGGAUCAGGGCUGGAUGAUCAUUCCAACUUCAACUGAAUUAUCCGGUAGCCAGGUUUAAAGUGUGUUGUAAUGCCUCAAAGUUGUCCAUCUUCUUCCAAAUAUUCGAGCUUCACUAGUGAAUCGUUGUGGUGUUGAGUUUGUGUAUAUGGCGAAAUAAAGAGGAGCACCAGUAACAUCAUAAUUAGUGGCACAUGAAGUUCCUUCUCCAAGUUUCCCUCCCUUUCGGUUUUGGUUGGAGGGGCACUGGUCACUAGGGAAUGCUAAGAAUUGCUCAGUUUUGAUGGUACUCUUGCUGAAAAUCAACCGCAUGAUGCCACGGUUUCCUUC